AUGACAUCUGAUCCAGUCAUGAGCGCCGGAAUUCUUGGCAUCUUUCAGGCGCGGUCCGCGGGCAGCGUCAGCGAGACCAUUUCAUUCUGGGGCCUGCCACCGGGUCCCGGGAUAAUCACGGGCACGGGGGAGCCCCGAAUAGCUAACAAGCCACGGAGGACGGAUUCUGCAUCAAACUUUAGAGCCAUGGCGUCGAUUGGCCAUCAAUAA